AUGACAACAAUAACACCAUGUUUUAUUAUAACAGGAGCAAGUUCAGGAAUUGGUGAAAAGUUGGCAAAAAUCUAUUCAGAAAGAAAUAUUAAUAUAGUUUUAGCAGCAAGAAGUACAGAUAAAUUAAAUAAACUUGCAUUAGAAUUAAAAUCUAUAAAUAAAUUUUCAAAUAAAUAUUUAGUUGUAUCAUAUGAUGCAUCAAAAGAAUCUGAUUGCAAAAAUUUAAUUGAAAUUGUUAUUAAACAAUUUGGAAGAAUUGAUUUAUUAUUAUUAUGUGCUGGUGUAUCUUAUCAUAAUUCAUUUAAAGAUACAACUGAUUUAAAUGUAUAUAGACAAAUGAUGGAUAUAAAUUAUUUUGGAUACAUGUAUACAACUUAUUAUGCAUUACCAUAUAUGAUUAAACAACAACAAAAACAAUCAACUAAUAAUAAUAAUAAUAGUAAUAAUAAACCACAAAUUGCAGUUAUAUCAUCAAUAUCAGGAGCACUUGGAUUACCAUUGAGGGCAGGAUAUUGUGCAUCGAAAUUCGCAGUUAAUGGAUUCUUUCAAGCAUUGAGAUUAGAAGUACAAUCAUAUGUGGAUAUUACAUUAUUAUUACCAACUACAGUGAAUACACCAAUGAGAUCUCAUUCAUUGGGUGAUCCAAAUGAAAAGAAAUUAAUUCAUUUCCAUGGUGAGGAUGAUUCAAAGAAAAUGACAAUUGACCAAUGUUGUGAAAUUGUUAUAGCUGCUAUAGAUGGAAGAAAGAAAAAAGUGGCUUUCCCAUUUAGUAAUUUCUUAGCUUCAGUUUUACAUCCAAUAUUUCCAAAUUAUAUUGAUAAAAUUUUAUUAAAAAAAGCUGGUGGUACAAAUUUAAUUAAUUCAAACUCAAAUUCAAAUAAUAAUAAUAAUAAUACUUUAAAGUCAAAAUUGUAA